UUCAUGAAGCGCGUAUGUCUGUGGUUUGGAGCCUGACUGCUCUCGCGUUCCGUGGCCAUGAGUGCGGAGAAGCCCAACUUCCUGUCUCAACCUGAGGUGAAAAAUAUCUAUUUCUAUCGGAACGGGGAUCGGUAUUACGAGCCCAGGCGCUUGGUGAUUAACUCGAAGCGGGUCUCGACCUUCGACACGCUGCUGCGGGAGGUGACCGGCGGCGUGAGGGCUCCGUUCGGCGCGGUCCGGAGCAUCUACACGCCCAAAGCCGGACACCGGGUCCAGUCCCUGGAGCACCUGCGGAGCGGAGAGCAGUACGUGGCUGCUGGACGAGAGAGCUUCAAGAAGAUCGAUUACUUACAGAUAGGAACCAGGAAGAAAAAAGUGCUUCAGACCAAUGGAGUGCUCAAACCGGUUCCUCAGAGUCGUGUGAUCGUGUCUGCCAGAUUCCUCAAGCCCAUCAAAGAGCCCUGCGCUGUAUUUGUUGUGGCCAAUGGAGACGUCCUGAACCCAGCGGUGAGGUUGCUGAUUCCCAGCCGUGUGAUUGGUCAGUUUGAGCGGAUUCUGGAGAUGAUCACAGAGAAAAUGGGCCUGCGGAUCAUUGGGGGUGUCCGGAGUCUGUACACCUUUGAAGGGACUCUCGUUAUGGACGGAAAGGAGUUAGAAAACGGACAGUUUUACGUCGCUGUUGGCAGAGACCGAUUCAAAAAGCUUCCGUACAGCGAGUUGCUCUUCAGUAAACCCAUCGGCAUGAAGAGAGUGAACGGGUCUAAAGCUGCGUCACUACCUCCGAUAUACAAAUACAGACAGCAGAAUGGAGAUGUGGCGAGUGAGUGUGAGUGUGGAGCGGAGAAGAGCAGUCCUCCGGCGCAGAGCUGUAGAGAGCAGUUGUCGUCUGUGGUCCGAGAGAUCUCACAGGCCAAGCUCAUGAACAUCCGCAAGAAGAGGAGCGGACUCACCGCGCCACAGCACACUCAGGACAACAGCUUGCUGUGGCAUGAGAGGGAUUACAUCAUGCUCCUCACCACCACCACCACCACCAUCAUCAUCAUCAUGUUUCCUCAGAUUGCAGCCGGAGAUGAUGCAGAGGAUGGAAGAGCAGAAGAUGAGAAAUCUUCACCGGUUCAGCAGGUGAGGAGCUAG